CGUAAAGCAUAUUAGUAUAACGUGAGCAUUCCUUGCACGUUCCUCCAAAUAUGAUCUUGCUGAAAGCACAAAACUUUCUGAAGAGAAGUGGGGUUUGGGCAUUGCAGGUACUGGAGAGAAGAAGAAGAAGAACAAGUACUACAUCGAUCAUCCAGGAGGAGAAGAUGAUGAACGGUGGAGAUUCAGUGCCGGAGAUAUUGGAUAGCAAGAGUGGCGGCUAUGGUGGGGGUGUUGAGGACGUGUACGGUGAGGAUACUGCCACGGUGGAUCAGCUUGUCACCCCUUGGACUGUCUCUGUUGCUAGUGGAUACACAUUGUUGCGGGAUCCACACCACCACAAAGGGCUUGCCUUCACUGAGAAGGAGAGAGAUGCUCACUACUUGCGUGGCCUUCUCCCUCCUGCUGUCCUAACUCAGGAGCUUCAGGAAAAGAAGAUGAUGCAAAACCUUCGCCAAUAUGACGUCCCAUUGCACAAAUACAUGGCCAUGAUGGAUCUUCAGGAGAGGAAUGAGAGGCUGUUUUACAAACUUCUUAUUGAUAAUGUUGAAGAAUUGCUUCCUGUUGUGUACACUCCAACAGUUGGUGAGGCUUGCCAGAAGUACGGUAGCAUUUUCCGGCGUCCUCAGGGCCUUUACAUCAGUUUGAAAGAGAAGGGAAAGAUCCUUGAAGUACUAAAGAACUGGCCUCAGCGGAGCAUCCAAGUUAUCGUUGUGACUGAUGGCGAGCGCAUUUUGGGGCUAGGGGACCUUGGCUGCCAGGGAAUGGGGAUUCCUGUUGGAAAGCUUUCUUUGUAUACAGCACUGGGUGGACUACGUCCUUCAGCAUGCUUGCCUGUAACCAUUGACGUUGGCACAAACAAUGAGAAGUUAUUGAAUGAUGAAUUUUACAUUGGGAUCAAGCAUAAAAGAGCAACUGGCCAGGAAUACGCAGAGCUUCUAGAUGAAUUCAUGACUGCAGUUAAGCAGAACUAUGGAGAAAAGGUCCUAAUCCAGUUCGAAGAUUUCGUGAACCACAACGCGUUUGAGCUGCUGUCGAGAUACAGCUCAAGUCACCUUGUUUUCAAUGAUGAUAUUCAGGGAACGGCUUCUGUGGUCUUGGCCGGGCUUAUUGCGUCCUUGAAAUUGGUCAGCGGAAGAUUAGCUGACCAUACUUUCUUGUUCUUGGGUGCUGGAGAGGCUGGAACAGGUAUAGCGGAGCUCAUAGCUCUUGAGAUGUCAAAACAGACAAAAGCCCCAUUGGAAGAAACCCGGAAGAAGAUUUGGCUUGUGGACUCAAAGGGACUGAUUGUUAAAUCUCGUCUUGGGUCACUUCAACAUUUCAAGAAGCCAUGGGCUCAUGAGCAUGAACCUGUCAAGGAACUUCUAGAUGCUGUCAAGGCUAUCAAGCCAACAGUGUUGAUUGGAUCAUCCGGCGUUGGAAAAACAUUUACAAAGGAGGUGGUUGAGGCCAUGGCAUCCUUAAACGAGAAACCUCUCAUUCUUGCGCUGUCAAAUCCGACAUCACAAUCCGAGUGCACAGCAGAGGAAGCUUACACAUGGAGCAAGGGUCGAGCCAUAUUUGCUAGUGGAAGUCCAUUUGAACCUGUUAACUAUGAAGGGAAAGUUUUUGUGCCUGGACAGGCCAACAAUGCUUACAUAUUCCCCGGCUUUGGCUUGGGUUUGAUCAUCUCCGGUGCUAUUCGUGUACAUGACAAUAUGCUUUUGGCAGCCUCCGAAGCUUUGGCAGCUCAGGUGACACAAGAGAACUUUGACAAAGGAAUGAUUUACCCGCCAUUUACCAAUAUCAGAAAGAUAUCAGCCCAUAUUGCUGCUAAUGUUGCUGCCAAGGUGUAUGAACUCGGCCUUGCUUCUCAUCUUCCGCGUCCUAAAGAUCUUGUCAAGUAUGCAGAAAGUUGCAUGUACAGCCCCGUCUACCGAAGCUAUCGCUAAAGUAUUCAAGUUUAGAUAAAAGUUUACCAUUGUUUCAGUGAAAAAGACGUGUAAAUUGUGCUUUGGGAUUACCACUAUCGUUUAGGAAAGUAAAUGACGAGUCGUAAAUAAAUUGAAACAUUUUCUACAGUUUAUAAAGCGACAUCUUCGUCACACCAGAAAGUUUGUUCUCAUUUAUAAUGAAAAAAAAAAAAAAAAGACAUGAUGCUUUCUUCUUAGCAUUUUGGUCGUUCUGGAAUAAGAGCCAUGUCCUUCGCAGUUUAA